ACGCUGUCUUACGAGAGAGAGAGAGAGAGAGAGAGAGAGAGUGUAGAGAAGGUGUGGUGGGUUUUGUAUGUAGGAUGUUGUGUAUAUUUUGUUGUGUAAAUUGUUUGUACAGAUUUUCACGUUGAGAUAUUCAUGUAUCCUCGCCAUAGUCUAUCUGUCGUCCUCUCUGUCUCACUGUUUUUAAGUUUUAACUCUCCACUUUUCUUAUUUUUAUUUUAAUUAUUCCACUCCAUCCUUCCAUUCUUCCACUCCUUCUUCCUCCUUAUAUAACCCUCUUCCCUCUCUCUCCCCCAAAAAAACUUCCCUUUUCUUGCUCUCUCUGUCCUCACUUUCUCUCUCUAGCUUUACAGUUUCCUAAAUAUAUAUAUAUAGAAGUCGAUUCAGGUUAUUGUAAAAAAAAAAAAAAAAAUGACGAUGAGCAACAAUAUUAACGGCCAGUUUGGAGACACCACACUCACUAAAGUCUUCGUCGGAGGUCUGGCAUGGGAAACUCCGAAAGAAGCUUUGAGAGAACACUUCGAGAAGUUCGGCGAGAUCUUCGAAGCCGUUAUCAUCUCCGAUAAACUCACCGGCAGAUCCAAGGGCUAUGGAUUCGUGACUUUCAAGGAGGCUGAAGCCGCUAAGAAAGCUUGUGAAGAUUCCACACCGAUCAUCAACGGUCGCCGAGCCAACUGUAAUCUGGCUUCACUCGGUGCGCGAAGCCGUCCAAGGUCGGCUUCAAACGCCAGUAAUACUAAUCCUCCUCAUCCUCAUCCUCCCCUUCAACAUGGAUCUAAUGUUGGACCGAGGUCUAUGUCGUCUGCACCUGCAAAUCACGUGCAAUGGUAUUACCCAGCAACACCUGCUGCUGCUGCUGCUGCUGCUUCGCCUUUUCAUCAUCAGCAUCAUCAUCAGGCCGUUCCUUUCUAUGGGUACUCCCCGACGUACAUUGCCGCUGAUAUCAGCUACAGUCACAAGCUAAGCUACAGCGGAGGAAACUACAUGAGCGGGCAUUUCUCUCAAGUGUAUCCAGGACAAGCUAUGAUGGGUGCGAACACAUUGAUGCCAAUGUACCCUCUUUAUCACUACCAUCAAUCACAUACAAUGGGCCUACCUGCUCAUAUGUUCCCACCAACAACAGCGGGACCCAUCACCACGGUCCCAGCGAUCAUGUCCAAACCGGCAUCUAUUGCUUCAAGCACAGUUUGCUUGGCUGUGGAAUAGGUACAGUUGGCGCUGGUGAGAGCUUUAAAAAGGUUGGGGGAACUUAGUUGGCAAAAAUAACAAAAGGAGAAGGUGGUGGGCUGCGCAGAACUACAUUAUUAUCUGAUCUGUUGUGGCUCUAAAUUACUUUCCUAUUUUUUUAUUAAAAUUCUUAUUCUUCUUCUUGAUUAGGUGUUUGAUAAGAUUCUUUCAUUCUCUUUUCUCCUCUUCUUCUUCUUCUUCUUCUCUCUCUAACAUCCAUCUCAGCCUGAGCUGUGAACCAUUAUUAAAAACAACAUUGAUGUAAUAGAAAAGGCCAUGUAUGUUUAUUAAUCUACCCACUUCUUGUUGGUUUC